AUGGCCCCUAAAAAGGAUCCCAAAAAGAAAGUCCCCGAAGACACGAGAGGCGCAUUUACUGAAGUUGAAAGAACUUUGUAUGAAUUACAACUAGCUGAUUGCAAUCGAAAAGUAGCUCGACUUCGACAAGCUGUAGAUGAGUUUGAAAUACGAAAUGAAGAGUUGCAAAAGGCUUACGAUAAACUUGACGAGGAUAGAGCAGAUAUUAUUGCUUACUUGAAAAAAACACUUAAUGUUAAAACAGAAGAAAAUAACGAACUUAAAGAAAAGGUGAAAGGUUUAGAGGAAUUACGAGAGAUUGAAACCAAUCAAUUUAAAGAGUCUGUCGAUGAAUUAAAAAAGAACUUUACCACUAUGAAAGAUCAGCUCACAUCAGAAAAUAAACUACUAGCUGGAAAACUUAACACUCUUGAAGAGUUUAGAGCUAUUCGAGAUGACCUCAUGAGAAAGUUCGAUAAUCAAGAACGGUCUUUUGAAGAACAGGAAAUAAAAUACAAAAGAAUGAUAUACGAUGCUGAAAAAAAAUUUAUCAUUGGAAAAGAUAAAUUAAAAAGGGAAAUGGAAGAGCGGCUUUUACAUUUAGCACAAGAAUUCCAAGAUGCUAGUGAAAUGAGGAUUGCCGCUUCUACUCACAGAGUCAUCCGAGAAAAUAUUGCGUUAAAUAAUCAAUUGGACAGUCUUUUAAUGACUCAAGCAAAAGUUGCUGAGCAAAAUGAAAAAUUCAGAGAAGAUGAGAGAGCUGCUCAGUGUGCUAGGGAAGUAGCUGAAGAAGAACGGGACAAAGCAAUAAACAAAAGUAUUAUACAGUUGAAAGUUAUUGAUCAAUUAACAACAGCAUUUCAAGAUGUAAAGAAACAAAAAGCUCUUUAUGAUAAAACACAAUUUGAUAAUGAAAAACUUCAAAUAAGAACGCAAAAGCUGACCAAAGAAAACGAAAGACUUUUACUGCGUGUGCGUAUCCUUGAACAAAACUUGCAUGCUACUAUGGAUGAACAAAAUAAAUCUAUUGUAGAGGCUGCUAAAAUACUAAGAGAACGUGAAAAGUACAAAAAGAUUUUAAAAGAAGCAGCUUUUGCGGUUGAAUCGGCAUUAAAAGCAGACCAUUGGUCUAAGUUGGAUCCUACUCGAGAAAUUGCUGAUAGAGAAAUAGUACUUAAAAAUAUUCUGGCAGUUAUAAAACAAUAUCAUGAUGCUGCACGAGCGGAAUCAGUGGAGUCAUUAAUAUCGCUUAGCAAUAUUUAUGAUAAAGGUGAUCUUGGUUUUGAGCCAAAACCAGCUCCGAGAAAAUCAUUGGCAACAGGCACUGGCAUUGGAACAACAUCAUCGCUUCAAUCAUUUGAAGAAAAACAUAGCGAUGUGUCUGGUUCUUCCGCACCGUCAUCUUCUAUAGCGAGUAUAAAAACAAUACCAAGUAUUUCACUAUUACCAAUCGAAGAAAACGAUCAACUACCAAGUCUUCGAGAGAGUGUGCCGUCAUUCACAGUGACGUCAUUGCAUUCUAGUCUAGAAAGUCAAGUUGAAGAAGAAGAAGACAAGGAUGGUUUGGAUGAUAUAUCAAAGAUGCUAGAAAAAAGUAAACUAGAAAUGCAAAAAUCUUUGAUGCUUGAUAUGGCAUACUCACAAAUGUCUAAAAUGUCUUUAUCGCGAACAAAAGUUGAAUCGAGAAGAAAGAGCGUAUGUAGGACAAAAGUAGUACCGAGUCAAUCAGGUGUUCUGGUAGAUGCAGAAGGUAAAAAAGAUAAGUCAGAUGAAAAAGUAACUUUUGAAAAAGAGACUGGACAAGGAGAAACUGUAGAAGACGAAGAAAAAGAACCUGUAAAAGAUACGAACGACGCCUCAGAAGGUAAUGAGGAGCAAGUACAAGUACAAGAAGAUGCAGAUAAACCACCUGAAACUGAAUCACCAGAGGCUGAAGAUAAAUUACCUGAAGAGAAAGAAAAGUCGGAUGAAAAUCAGAAAGCGGAAUAG